GGUUACUGCACAGCAGGACGUGGGUCUCUGACCUUGAGGGGCAUUGUUCUUUAGCCAGUAGUUCUUUGUUCAGGUCCUGUCUCUGGGUUAUGAUGUUUGCCCAUUAGCAUCCUUUCUGUUUCUUUCCCUUCUUCAUUUCUGGGAUUGGGGGGAAAACAUACUAAAAAGAACAUAGAAAACAAUCCUACUUUUAUGUGGUCAAGGCAGAGGCUAUUAGCAGAGGGUGUGAGGGUGUCCUCAGGCAACAAGGCCUUUCGUGCCCCUAAAUGUCAGCUGAUGCAGGGCUCAAGGGAGGGGAGGAGACCCCAAGGUGUUGGGGAAUGAUCCAGGGAUCCUGGAGGAGCAGAUUCUCAUGCUGCUCUGCUUUUUCUGUCUUGAAUCCUUCAGGUGUUAAGUCUUGGCACUGUGGGCAGGAAACAAUUUCCCAGCCUUAGCAGGCCUGCUGUCUUUUGAGGAAGAAAAUCAGCAACAAAUACAAAUAGCUAUUUUUUUUUUUUUUUUAAUUGGUCUAGAGGCAACUGUUCUGGUGAGGAAAAAUCAACAAGUUAUUUAUUUUUGUGGAAGUUAUUUGUUUUUAUGGCUAAAAGAGGGGAAGGGGGAAGACCAGAGGAGGAAUGUAGGAAGAGGCACAGGUAAGGGAAUUGUGACCAAGGGGGAUUCCCUCUCUCCUAAACUCCUACAGCUCCACCCAGUGCCUCCUCCUUCCUCCUCUGCAGUGUAGCUCCUUUGGGCUUGAAAGGGACAUUUGUAUAACUUUGACAUCUCCCCUACCCACAUAAGUGAGAGGUUCACCCCAACCUUCAAUCCUACCUAAGCUCAGCUAAGGAAAAAAUACCUAUAUGUGAUAACACAUGGUGAAUUAGAACCAGCUUGUCAGGAGGAAAUGAAAGUUUCUGUGGGCUUUUGUUGAAAUCUUUUGAUUGCGCAAGCAAAACAGACAGCGACUGAAGGGAAUUCUUCGGGUGUGUGGGAAAGGCAAGGGAGGGAGAGAGAGCCCUGAGGUUCUCUUGAGUCCUCCAUCUUAUCUGUCUUCGGAAUGGGAGUGUUUCUAGGAGCAGUGUGGGUCCCAGGUUGCCAGGCCACUAGGGAGUUUCUACGGGUAGACCUUCUUAGUGUUCCUUCCUGCCCCAGACCAAAAAAACCAAACCCAACCCAGUGCCACUGAGUCGAUUCCGACUCAUAGCGACUCUAUAGGACAGUGUAGAACUGCCCCACAGAGUUUCCAAGGAGCGCCUGGUGGAUUCGAACUGCUACCAACUCUUUGGUUGGCAGCCGUAGCACUUGACCACUAUGGCACCAGGGUUUCCCCUGCCCCAGAGGGUUUGGCAUUUCCCAGAACCCAUGCUUGUUUAGCCCUGGCUGGUUGCUGGGGCCUCCAACUUAGCUCAGGAGGGGCCCCCACGUACCACAGGUAGGGGGACAUGGUUCUAGAGAUGGGAAAACCUGAAGGGGAUGAGGAAGGGGGAGCCACCAUUGGCACUCCUUAGGAAGAUACAGUAAAGUGGGGAGCAGGGUAGACAGUUUGUGUCAGGGAGGCCAAGUGGCAGCUGUUUGAAGGAAUUUCCUUAAUGCCUGAAAAGUAAGUUGUACUUGACCUUAAAGCAGCAGUGGGCAAACAUGUAGGGCAAAUGUGAAUUUUAAUCUCUCAGGAGGCAUUUCCUGUGGUUAGGAUAGAGGAUAUAUACCCAGUUGUCUGGGUUCCUCACCUCCUUCAUGCCUGGAUGAGGUUUUGAAGGGUGACUUCUUCCACCCAUACCACCUGUUUUAGUAGUUCUUGCCCAUCCUACCUUGGAUCUGUGGGCCUACCUUGCCAUUCGUCCUGUGGGAACAGGGAAAGGAGCCAGUAGGCCCUCUGUGGGCAGCCAGCAAGGCCCAGGUGAAGGCCUAAUCUGGCUGAGGGCCUGAGAGCCUCAGCACAGGGCUGUUUGGCUCUUCCAAAGAGGAAGCAAGCACCUUGUUUGAUCAGGGGGCACCUCGAUGAUUUUCACAGUCCAGGGCCCAGUCUGGUCAGAUGCAUACAGGGUUCUUGCUGCCUUAGCUGCCCAGAGGUAGUUUGGUGGGUGUGACUCAGAGGGGGUUUGGUGCUGUGUGACCCAUGGCAAGUUGCUGCCCCUCUCUGGCCCUCAGAUUCCUCAUCUAUGAAUAAAGAAUUUAAAGGCCUGCUCAGGGAUUCCCUCUCCCACACUCUGGUAGACCUGACAGAGGAGCACAAUAUCCUGAGUGGGAGAUGGGACUGGGGGCCAGGAUGCCACCGUGAGGCCUAGUUGUCUGUGGGAAUUGGUUCUGGCCUGCCUCUAACCUGCUUAGAUGCGCUAACGGCAGCCAUCCUGCUCUGGUAUCUUGGGAGAGCUUGGGCUCCUGCAGCAAAGGGAGCUGUUUCCGUGCCUCCCAUUCCCAGUAGUUUCUCAUUACCACCUCCUAGCCCUUGUCUGGCUCAGUCCUGGGUUCACACAGAGGCACCCAGCAGGUCUCAUUGCAUUCUUCCCUUCCCACACUGGCUACCUCGUAGACCCUGGGGUGACUGUUUAUUGGGUUUCUGUUUUUUUCUGCUCCAAAUUGCCCCACCCAUCACUCCCUGUACUCUGCUUUAGCCAGGUUUUUUCACAGAGCCAGAGUGGGGAUGGGAUCACAGGCUGAUCGUGGGAGCUGCCUGGUCAGACGUACAUACACAUGUUGAGUCCUCUAGGAGUUGAGAACAUGCCUGGAAUGGGUGGGGUAGGUGGAGGAGAGAAGGAAGGGGUGGGGCCUUGGGGCCCUUGAGGAGACUGGUUUGAGCAGAGCAUAAUGUUUCUUGGAUCAUUGCCCAAUAAGGAGGGGCAGGAUGGAGGGGUAGGAUGGAGGGGCCUGGCUGAGAAAUGGGCCCCAAGACCCACCCUGGCAGGAAGGGAAGUGCAGGCUUUCAGACUGGCCUUUGGCUGGGCUGGUCAUACAAGGAUUGUGCUCGUAGGAAGUGUGGGAGGGGUUGUUAAUGGCCCUGUUUGUUCUCCACGGGCUGUGAGGCUGCCCAAGAGUCAGUCUGAUAAGAGGGAAGAGAUAGACUCCUUGAGUUUUAUACUCUCUACAGCUGCUGUCUCUUAGACAGCCCCACAGAUGCUGACAGUCUAUUGUAGUGCUGUUCUUGCUGCUCUCCUUCCUGAAAUACACAGUGCCUGGCUUCAACCCAGCUGGGCUUCCCCUGCCUGGCCACCAGCUUUCCUAUCUGUGGUCAGAUGAGGUCUGCACUGGGGGAGGAGUCUAUCCUGACAAGACUGAACCGAUUUGAAGCCUGACCUGGGUGUUUGGGAGCCCUGGUGGCGCAGUGGUUAAGAGCUCGUCUACUAACCAAAAGGUCGCAGUUCGAAUCCACCAGCAGCUCCUUGGAAACCCUAUGGGGCAGUUCUCCUCCGACUCUAGAGUCACUAUGAGUCAGAAUCGACUCAAUGGGAACAGGGUUUUUGGGUGUUUCAGGGGUGGGACCAGGGCUUACAGGCUUUUCCUGUCCCAUUUUGGUCUGAGUUGCCCUGAUCCUCAGCCAGCUCAACUCGGGGCCACUGAGGAGAGGGCCAGGCCUCUCACCACCUAGAAAUCUGUAUCUUUAGGGUUCAAAGCCAGGCCAGCCUCUGAGGUAUGGAAGCAGAGUGCUUCAGGGGGCCUGUGGGGAGUUCCACCUUUGCCCCAGAGCACUGGGAAGCUGUCCCAGGGAGGGCUGGCUCUUUUGCUGGGAGGGGUUGGAGAUGGGGGCCUGAGGGUUGCAUUUCUGAAAAGCACUUUGGCUUCCCUGUGGAAAAUGAAAUGGAGGGAUCUUUUCAGUAGAUGUGAGGGUUUUAGGUGAAGGAUGGCAGUCCCUUGGACUAGUGGUAGAUACUGAGAGAAACAGAGAGAUUAGAGAGAGACUUAGGUGGUAAACCUUAGUUGGAUUGCGUAGUGGAUUGGAUCUGGGAGAUCACAGGAAGAAGUGGUCACAGAUGACCCCCAGGUUUCAGAAUUGGAUGGGCGGGGUCCCUUUCCCAGAAAUUGGGGCACAAAAAGAAGGUUGAGCUUGAGGUACUUUUGGGUACCCUUUUUUUUUAUGUAAGGAGUGGGAUCAAGAGGAUUAAAUUGUGUCUCCCAAAAAUGUGUGUCAACUUGGCUAGGCCAUGAUUCCCAGUAUUGUGUGGUUGUCCAUCAUUUUGUGAUCUGAUGUGAUUUUCCUGUGCCUUGUAAAUCCUACCUCUGAUGUUAAUGAGGCGGGAUUAGAGGAAGUUAUGCUAAUGAGGCAGGACUCAAUCUACAGGAUUAGGUUGUAUCUUGAGUCAGUCUCUUUUGAGAUAUAAAAGAAUCAGCAGAGAGGAUGGGGACCUCCUACCACCAAGAAUGAAGAACCAGGAGGGAAGUACAUCCUUUGGACCCAGGUGCCUGUGCUAAGAAGCUCCUAGACCAGGGGAAGAUUGAUGACAAGGACCUUCCCCCAGAAUCAACAGAGAGAGAAAGCCUUCCCCUAGAGCUGGCACCCUGAAUUCAGACUUGUAGCCUCCUAGACUGUGAGAGAAUAGAUUUCUCUUUGUUAAAGUCAUCCACUUGUGGUAUUUCUGUUUUAGUAGCACUAGAUAACUAAGACAGUGGGCUAUAGAGGUCUGGAGUUCAGGCAAGGAUCUGGCAUUAUUUGAAAACCCAGAUUGAGAAACAGGCUUGGCAAGGAUUCUCCCCAAAAUCCAUUGCAAGAGGAGGAAUGGAACCUAGGGUCCUGACUUUUGAUUGCCUGCCAUGUCUGGGGUCAUCUCUUUCCCUGACUAAAUAGCUCAGUUGACCUGAACCACUUUAGCUGGUUCAGGGUCUGGCUGGACAGCAAAAGACAGAGCCCCUUGCUGAGUCUUCUCUGUGGUUGGGGACUCUGGCAGUGGGCAGUGCUGACCCCAGGCCACUCUGGAAGGCCACGCUUUUCAGAGCCUCUCUCACCAUCUGCAAGUCUGGGCAAUGUCUCUGGCUGGAGAAGGACUUGGGUCUUGGCCAGAACUGAACCACUGACUAGAAUCCCAGAACCUCCACACCCUGGCCAGGUCCUCUGAGGGCAGUUCUACUUCUGUUCUUGUGGGUUUGUGCCCCCUUGAGCUGAGUUGACCUCUUAAGGACAGGAGUUCUUGGAACAAAUUCAUGGUACCCCUUCUGCAUCAGAUGGCAAGCAAUACAGUAAGUCGCUUUUAAAAAUUAUUUUAAGUGAAGUGGAAAGUAGUUGUAGGUGUGGGCAAGAUUGUAUCACUUGGACUCUUUCAGUUACUAGGGCCAAAAAUCCAACUCAAAGUGGCAUUUGAUAAAAGGGAAUCUAUUGACUCACAUACCUGAGGGUAUGGCUGGCCUCAUGCCAGGUGGAUGAGGGCCUCAAACAGCAUCUAUCUCACCUCUGCUCUUCUCCAUGUUGAUGCCACUUCUAAUUCCCAUAUAGUAUGAGGUGCCUGCCUGUAGUGGCAGGCCUCCAUCCUUUCAGCAUCUCCACCCAGGAUUCCAGAGGAGUCCUAGGAGUCACUCUGAAUUGGGGCCCAUGCCCAGCCCCUGGACGAAGUACUCUGGCUGGAUGUAUUUGGUGCUGUGAUCAUCCAGGCCUCAGUUAUAUUGCACAGAGAUGGAAAAUUUGGGGAAAGAUGGUUCCCCAAAGGAAAAUGGGGUUGUUGUUGUUAAUAAAAGGGGAGAUGGAUGCUAGGCUCCACCAUAAAGACAUCAUGUAUGGGGGUAGCAGACAGUGCUAGGUUGCAUUUGGAUACAUGGAGACCUUGCAGUAACUCUGUGGACUGACUUAUGUGUCAGAAACAUUCCUGUAGACAACUAAUAAGGAUUUAUUGCCAUUUAUUAAUUUACCUUGUUAAAAACCACAUGCUAGAAUGUAGAACGGAACUUAGAAUCAUUGAGUCAUCCCAUUCAUCCCAUUCAGGAAGUGGAGGUUAAGAAAUUUGCUCAAUGGCUUGCUGGCCUGGCAGAGACUAGAGAAACCCUGAGAGUAUGGCCCGCAGGUACCCUUUCAGCUCAGUAAUGAAAUCACUCCUGAGGUUCACCCUUCAGCCAAGAUUGGACAGGCCCAUAAAACAAAAUGAGACUAAAGGGCACACCAGCCCAGGGGCAAGGAGGGAGGGAACAGGAAAACUGGUAAUGGGGAACCCAAGGUUGAGAAGGGAGAGUGUUGACAUGUCAUAGGGUUGUUAACCAAUGUCAUAAAACAGUAUGUGUACUAACUGCUUAAUGAGAGUCUAGUUUGUCCUGUAAACCUUCAUCUACUGUACAAUUAAAAAAAAAAAAAAGAAAAAGAAAUUUGCCUGAGAUCUUAAAACCAAAAGGUAGAACUGAGACCAGAACACAGGUCUUCUGCCUUGUAGGCUGGAAGCUGUUUCCAGUAUGAAGUGGAGUCUUUUAGGGAGGAGCUUCCUUGUCUCCCCAGGUGCCCAUGCACAAGAAGUGAUUGAUUUAACCCCUGGACCAUAGGACAGAGAGGUGGCAUGACAAGUUAUAGGAAAUGGUCCCUUCCUCCUGUUGGCCCAAGGUGAUCUGCAUGGUGGUUGGCAUUAUGAAGGGGUCUGAGAUGGAAAAGACACUCACUCACUGUGGCUUCAACCAGGUCCCAGUAAGUAGAGGAGGCAUUGACCCAACUCUGUCCAGAUUCUAUCCUGGUGCUGCCUCCUCCCACUUUCUGUCUGCUGGCUCAUCUUGGCUUUCUAAAUGUUCAUUGCUCACCCUUUUCUUGUGUUGUUUCUUGCUUGGGCCUGAUAUAAGAGUAGCUCUAGGGCUCUUGUGCUUUCUCAUUAUGUUGGGAUAUUUUUCUCUAGGGCAAGUUGUGUCCCUCUAUCUUCUCUUUUGGAAGAGAAUGCACUUAUCCUGUGGCCUAGAACAGUGGUGGCAGUUUCAGGUACAGAAAGACAAAUAGCACUAGUUUGGUCCCAGUUCCCCAUCAUCUUCAAUUUGUGACAAUACAAAAGUUUGACCCAGCUUGGCAGAACCAGGAGUAGGUGUUGUAGGUGCCAGCCUGGUGCCAUCUGGUGCCACUGUCACUAAUGUUUGGCUCCAGGAGGCAGGGCAGGUGGCUGAUGAACUGAGAGUUCAGCUCUGGGGCUGAGCCACACCCAACACACUUUUGUUUUUAUUCCUCCCUUUCUGGGGCUGAGCAGUCUUCCUCUUCAAAGAGGAGCUGAUAAUAUGCUACCACCUACUCAGGCAAGGCCCCUGGGCGGAAAAAACAUUCCCAAUGUUGCUAGGUAAUCACUUUACCAAUGGCAAUGUCAGCUGCUAUGAGUAAGAGGGAGGGAGGCUUCUUUUUGUACUGCCUCUGACCCUCACCCCCACCACCUCCACUGAGGGGAGCCAGGGCGGGUGAAGCGAGGAGCACCUCUGCCCCUGUUGUUCGUUCACAAGAGUGAUUCAUCCUCCUAGAUCUGGCCUGCGUGAUAAGCCCUCUGCCAAAAUGAUAUCCAUCCUGACAUGCAUUAUGGCUAUCAACUUUUGUGGGAUGUGGAGCAGAGGAAUACACAGACUGUGGUCUUUGUUAUCUGGCUUUAUUAUGUACCUUGGAUUGCUAGCAUGAUGGUGCUUGUUUGGGACUGGGGCUGUGCAAGGGUGACCUGGGGUUGUGAAAAGUUAGGCCCAGGGCCUGCCUUCAAGCUCCUUGCCUUGCCUUGGUGAGGCUGGGGCAUCCCUACCCCAACCUGAACCUGUGAGUUAACACUUCUGUAGUAAACUAUGGCCUAGAGCCAGAGGAUCUCAGUUGCAAGACUAGCUCUGCUACCCAACAGUUGUGCAUCUUUGGACAAAUUGCAACGUCCCUGGGCCUCAGUAUUCUCAUCUGUAAAAUGGACAUAAUAAUGCCUGACCAACUUACCUGUGUGGUCCUUGCCAAGAUUAAAUAUGCAAGGUCUGUGAAAGCACCUAGUAAACUGUGAAGCACCACACACCUGAGGCAUCAGCACUGCAUUUCAGCCUCACAGAGGAGGAGGGAGGCCACGAGAAGAAUAGAUACUGUGGCCAAGCUAAGGAAACAAGGGUGGGUGACCACUUAGCACCCGGACCCAGGCAGAAACAGGCAGACCAGGGGGCUUCUGAGAGCUGAGCAGGAGGGGCAGAGAGAGCACGCUGGUUAGUCUGGGCAGGCAGACAGUUCAGGAGAGAAGAACUGACUGUCAGCGAAUCUCUGAAGAGCAGAAGAAAGAUGCAUGAGAGAGAUGGUCAGAAUGAAAGAGGAAUUCAGUUCCAAACUUGAAAGAGCCCCGCCUCACUUCCUGAGCACAACAGAGCUCACUUCCUGAGCACAGCCCCACAGCCCCAGGAUCUCCAGCAUGUUGUUAAUACAUAAUUCCCCACUCAAAUUGCUCAAAGCCCCUCAUGGGGACAGCCUUCCCUUUCUGGACCAGAGGCCCCAGGGAGGUGAUCUACCCAAGGCAAGAAGGCUGUGCAAGAUUGAACUUGAAGUCUCCUCUUGCUAAGCAACGAGACCCCAAGCCCAGAGUACAUUGCUGAGCUCAGGUACUACUCUUCCUAACUAGAACAACUGCUGAGGUCUCUGUUGGAAAGGAGACAUUCAUGGGAUACGGUGACUGAGCAAGGGGCCCAGCUCUGCUCUCCUCCAUCCUUUUACUCCUUUUCUCUCUACCUCCACUCCUUUUUGGGGUGGGGUGGGGGGAGACAGCAGGCAAUGGCUUCCCUUUAGGCUUCUGGUUCAAACCCGAUACAUACACCUUCUUUGGGUUUUCGUUAGCAUAGUGGCCACAGGCUGACCUUUACAAAACACAUUACUAAAUAUAAAAGGAGAACAAAAGAAAGCUAAAGAUAGGGUGUACGAAGAGUGAAAACAGCCUGGUUCACAAAGGCUCACAAACUGAUUUGUUUCCAGGGCUUUGUGACCCUGCUGUGUUCUACCUACUUCUAGGGCUGGCUUACCUGUGCAUGCCCUUUUGCCAGGAUCUCUGGUUCCUAGCAUCUGGCCUGUCUCCCUAAGGCACUGUCUGACCCAUACUAUCAUGAAUCCUCUUCAAAACAACUCGACACCUCAUGGUCCCAGUCCCAACUCUUCUUUACUUGGGCUCCUUCCUUGGGCUCCCCCAGUGGAUUGGCACCUAAGUGGCUGUACAUUCUAGGAGAGUGGAUUUUAUUCUAAGUAAGCUUUAUACUCUGAUCCACCUCUUGACAUGGCACCCAGGCCCCAGCUUAGCCCAUUAGCUGCCAUAUUAAAGGGCCAGUGGCUCCCUAACAUCUAUUUUGGCAGGAAUUGCAGAUGACUGCCUACCUGGUUCCUUCCUCCCAUUGGGCCACAAGAAUGGAAACUGAUAAGUUGGCCUGGUUGGUAGAACUUUUUUGGGUGGGUAGGGAAAAAGAUUGUUCUGGGUUAAAAACAAAAAAUUAAAAAAACAACACUUUGAAGUUAUCCAGUCUUGAUGAACCAAGUAGAUAAGAACCUGACCACAAAGGUGGGUUUCAAGCCUGUAACACCACUUUCUGCAUCCCACCUGGCAUUUGGGCAGGGCCCGGGAGCCUUACACGUAUCCAGAUGCCAAAUUGCUGCCUGCCAGCCAGCAAGCACAACACUCUCAUUUCUUACCAAAUGUUCGGAUGAAGUUGCAAAAAAUCAAAAGAACCACUGCCUCACAAAGAGAUAUCAGUGGGGGGUAGAUAGGAAAAGGGAGGUUGUAUUGUUAGGUACAGCCACCUGUUCCCACCUGACUACGGUUGGAGCCCUUUGGAGUAAUUUGCCCAGUGCUAAGUCUUCUUGAAACCUGGGUAUUCACCUUUGUGGUCGUCCUGGGUCCCAGAGGCUCUGGAAGACAUUCUACCUGGGUAGCUUGGCUGGGCCUCAAGAACUGAAAUUCUACAAGGGCUGAUGACAGAUAACCCUGUUCUCAUCUACACCUUUCAGCGCGAUGCUGACAGUAGCCUAGCCAAGUGAACAUGCUGCUCCUGACUCUCAGCCGAAAAGAAUCUCUGAACCGGGGUUGCCACCCUCUGGAUCCUUCAAACCAAAAAACCCAUUGCCAUCCAGUUGAUUCCGACUCAUUGUGACCCUAUAGGACAGGGUAGAACUGCCCCAUAGAGUUUCCAAGGAAUGCCUGGUGGAUUCGAACUGCAGACCUCUUGAUUAGCAGCCGUAGCACUUAACCACUACGCCACCAGGAUUUCCUCUGGAUCCUUAUGUCCCAGCAUUCUCAGGGGUGUAGCAUUCUCAGAGCUUUGGGCGAAGCCUGUCCCAGUAUCAACCAGGAUGCUCUGGUGUCUGCCCUCUUGUUUGCUGAGGGCCCUGGGAUCCUGCUGGAUUGUGCAUAUGCAAUGACUCCCCAGACCCCAGUCUUGUGAUGUGACUUCCAAAGAAGCAGUGAGUCACCCUCCUUCACAUGCCCCUUUCUUACAAGUUCAGAGUGCUACCCUUUUCCCCAUCGCACUUUCCCCUCUUCUCUCCCACAGAGGAGCUGGGGAUAGGUGGUCAAUUUUUUUUCUUUUUUUUGGACUUUUUAGGUACUUUAUUUAAUGACAAAAAUUACAACUUUCUUAUGCAGUAAGACUUAAAACAAGUCACAAAAUAUGAACUUUAAGGUACAAAUUGUAAUGCUUUAGAGUUACUUCCUUGUGAGAGGGUCAUACAACUGGGAAGUAGCAACUUUAUUUUUUCCCCAAACUGGAUAAGAUGACUCACUGCCAUCUGAGGUUGCUUAUUCACCUAAGCAUGAAGCUUAUGUCAUUUUUUUUCUUUUAAAAGAUAUUUAUUUCCUUUUUCUUUUUUAUUGUUUUUUAGAUGAAAGUUUUCAGAGCAAAGUAGUUUCUCAUUAAACAGUACACAUAUCGUUUUGUAACAUUGGUUGCCAACUUCGCAGUGUGUUAAUGCUGUCUUCAUCUCAACUUCAGGUUUCCCGUUUCCAUUCAAGUCCAGCUUUCCUGUCGCUUCCCACCUUCCCGUCCUUACGCCUGGGCUGGUGUGCGCAUUUAGUCUUGUAUACAUGGUUGAACUACGUGUGUUGUUUGUUUUAUAGGCCUGUCUAAUAUUUGGCUGUAGGGUGACCCUCAGGAGUGACUUCAGUAUGAGUUAAAACGGUGGCCAGGGGCUGUACUCUUGGGGUUAGAUGCUCAAUUUUUUUUUUUUUUUCUUUUAGAACAAAUAUAUUUUCUCACAGUUUUGGAGGCAAAAAGCCCAACUCAGGGUCUUAACUAUGUCAGUUUUCUGAGGCCUCUCUCCUAGUUUCUGGUGUCUGCUGGCGAUCUGUGGUGUUCCUUUGGCUUGAAGAUGGGUCCUCACAUGGCAUUGUUUUCUUCCUGUGUGUCUCUGUCUAUUCUGCUCUUUUUAUAACUCAAAAGUGAUUGGGUUUAGGACCCACCCUACACUGGUAAAUUUCUUCAUUAACAUAACAAAAAUCUAUUUCCAAAUAGGAUCACAUCCAUAGGUACAGGGGCCAGGACUUCAGUUUAUAUUUUAGGGAGGCAGAAUUAAAUCCAUAACACCCCUCUCCAUCUAUCUCCCCAAUGCCAGCAAGAACAAUUGUUUUAAAAUACAGAUUAGUCCAUGUCACUCCCUUGCUUAGAAAUUUUCAUUGGCUUUCUUUAAAUAACACUCAAACUUGGCUAUAAAGCACUAUAUGGUGUAGCACUCUCAGCUCUCCCCCUGGUAUCUCCAGUCCAGCCACUCUGGACUCUUUGUAGACUUUAGAGAUCAGGCGCUGAUCAGAAAUGUCAUAGCUAAAAACUUUUUCCCAGUCUGUAGGUAAAAAGAUUCCGAUCACCGUCUGAUCUGAUCAGAAAUGUCAUAGCUAAAAACUUUUUCCCAGUCUGUAGGUAAAAAGAUUCUGAUCAGCGCCUGAUCUCUAAAAUCUACAUGAUACUGCAAAAACUCAACUAUAAAAAGACAACCCAAUUAAAAAAUGGGCAAAGGAUAUGAACAGACACUUCACUAAAGAAGACAUUCAGGUAACUAACAGAUACAUGAGGAUAUGUUCAUGAUCAUUAGCCAUUAGAGAAAUGCAAAUCGAAACUACAAUGAGAUUCCAUCUCACUCCAACAAGGCUGGCAUUAAUCCAAAAAACACAAAAAUAAUAAAUGUUAGAGAGGUUGUGGAGAGACUGGAACACUUAUACAUUGCUGGUGGGAAUGUAAAAUGGUACAACCACUUUGGAAAUCGAUUUGGCACUACCUUAAAAAACUGGAAAUAGAACUACCAUACGAUCCUGCAAUCCCACUCCUUGGAAUAUAUCCUAGAGAAACCCUGGUGGCGUAGUGGUUAAGUGCUACGGCUGCUAACCAAAGGGUUGGCAGUUCGAAUCCACCAGGCGCUCCUUGGAAACUCUACGGGGCAGUUCUACUCUGUCUUAUGGGGUCGCUAUGAGUCGGAAUUGACUUGACAGCACUGGGCUUUUUUUCUGGGUUAGGUAAUCUUUUUACUUUUUUGGUGAAGUCUUUGGAUGAGUAUAGGUGUUUGAUUUUUUAGGAGCUCCCAGUUGUCUUGUUUCUCUUCUGCAUUUUUAGUAAUGUUUUGUUAUACUGUUUAUGCCAUGUAUUAGGGCUCCUAGCGUUGUUCCCAUUUUUUCUUCUAUGAUCUUUUUUGUUUUAGAUUUUAUAUUUAGGUCUUUGAUCCAUUUUGAGUUAGUUUUGGUACAGGGUGUGAGGUAAGGGACUUAUUUCAUUUUUUUUGCAGAUGGAUGUCUGGUUAUGCCAGCACCAUUUGUUAAAAAGGCUGACUUUUCCACAUUUAACUGACUUUGGGCCUUUGUCAAAUAUCAGCUGCUCAUAUGUGAAUGGAUUUAUGUCUGGAUUCUCAAUUCUGUUCCACUGGUCUAUGUAUCCGUUGUUGUACCAGUACUAGGCUGUUUUGACUACUGUGGCGCUAUAAUAGGUUCUAAAAUCAGGUAGAGUGAGACCUCCCAGUUUGUUCUUUUUCAGUAAUGCUUUUACUUAUCUGGGGCCUCUUUCAUUUCCAUAUGAAGUUGGUGAUUUGUUUUUCCAUGUCAUUAAAAAAUGUUGCUGGAAUGUGGAUCAGAAUUGCAUUGUAUCUAUAGAUCGCUUUUGGUAGAAUGACAUUUUUACAAUGUUAAGUCUUCCUUAGAUGCUCAAUUUUUGACUUAGGUUUUUUAACUCGGCCUGGACCAAGGCCUGGCUGGAAUUUCGAGCUCCAGAGACUGUGGCCUGGAGGAUUCCAGAGGCCUAGCUUCUCUCUUCCCUAAGUACACACCAGCUCAGCCCCUCUCCAUCAGCCCUGGCUGCGGUCUAGCAGGAUUGAGCCUUCUCCAGGGUGACCAACCUUCCAGUGUUUACAGGAGGGGGAAGGAAUAGAAUCCAGACUAGGGCCCCUUGCACAGGCCGGGCUUGGGAAGGGGCCAGAGAGCAAUAGUAGAAAGCACAGGCCCCGUCCUAUCCUUUCCCCCUAGGUGAGGGAGAACUGAUCAGAUUUGGGAAUUCUUGGUAUUGGUAUUUAAGAGUUGGGAGAAAAAACUUGGAAGUUAGGGAGGGAAUGCCCUGCGCCCUCUCCACUGUUUUAUAUAAGUCACCCUGGCACAGCUCCUUCAAGAAGACAUUUGCCUUUUUGUCACCUGGAGCUUCUCUCAGUCUACAUGCCCUUGUCCAGGACUGUUCUGGAGCCCCUCUGGGUGUGAUGUGCUGUAUUAUCACUGGCUGAUUUCUAGCCAGUUGGGUACAUGGGUUGAAGAGGAGAGGGUUGACGGUUAUGAAGGUCAUAUGGAGAAACCAUGUACAUCUUUUCCUUUUCACCCUUCUUCUGGAGAGGGUGAUGGAGUGCAGUGGGGGACUCCUGCAAGCCUUCUCUUAGACCCAGGCUGGUCCUCUGAAACCAGGGGAGAGAGUGUGUAUGUGUGUUUGGGGAAGUCAGGGGUUGAGGGGAAUCGGAUUAACCAAUAUUUCUGAGAAGAGCAAAGAGGGCUCUUUUGAUGAGAGUGAAUUCGACAGGGAGCAUGGUCCUUGUCUCCAAGUGAUGCUAAAAGUUGAGCAUUGAAUUUAUCUCUUCCUUCUUGAAGCCCUAGGCUCUGCCUUCGGCUCUAAUGCUGUGGUAGUGGUUAUUGCUUUGGUUAUAUCCCAACAAAGGCCUCUAGGAUAGGCUGUGAAAACACCUCACCAACUCUCACCUCUUGAAAGAGGGUGAGGCCUGGCGUUGAGACCUGGGAUCUGUUCUCUGAGGUCAGCUGUCCCUUGACAUACCCUUGGAAGGGCAACCCUCCUUGGAGGAAGGCUGGCUAUGGGCAGGUGACAGGCUGGAAAAGCUGGAGGGAAUCCUUAACACAGAGGAACUCUAUUGCUGUGCUCCUUGAAAGAGGAAGAAGCUGACCUGAUUGUUUCUAGAGAGAAUGCACAAGGCCCUAGAAAGAAGGGCUUUGCCAAGGAGCAGUGAUGUGGGCCCUGACAAGGAGGGAGAAGACUAGGGCUCUUCCUGUGCUGACUUCCACCCCCUGGUAUUGAUCAAUAAACAUUUGCUGAUUGAACACAUUCUUUGCUUUUCUCUUGAGAUUCAAAGCAUACUCCAGUGACCUAGACAAGUGCAGAAGGAAAAUGAGGACCUUGAGCAUCUUCUCUGUUGUUCUUCAUUAUACUUUGUGCUAUGAUUAAGUUAAGGAUCAUGAACAGUGAUGAAUAGCCAGCUCACCUGGUACUUUGAGUCUUAUCUUUUUUUUUAAAUAAUAUUUUACUGAGGUUUUGGUGAAAGUUUACACAAGUUAGGUUCCCAUUUGACAAUUUCCACACAAAUUGUUUCAUGACAUUAGUUACAUUUAUCACAACAUGUCAACAUUCUUUUUAAUUGUAUUCAGUUUGUUCCCUUCUAGUGCUCUAUAAUUUCCCUGCCCCCUUAUCCUCUCACCUUUGGUUUUUAGUAAUUGUUGACUUUCUGGUCUUGUACUGAUGGUUUUUAAGUAGGGCACUGAUCUUACCGGUAAUAUCCUUUAUUUUGUGUGCCACUCUGCAAUUUCACUAAAAGGCGAUCUCAGGGGAUAGGCUCAGUUCCAGGUUUAAUGAGUGUUUCAGGGCAAUAGCCUCAGGGAGUCCUCUGUUUUCUUUUGUUCCAGUUUGUCUAUAAGCCUUAUCUUUAGAGGAAGUCAGACCAACUGUAAGCAUUAUAGUCUCUUGACCCUGGGAAUAGUGUGGUAAAGUUUAAUUGCUCCUUGGAGGCAGAUUGUCAGAGGGUAGAGAUGUGGCAAGGAAGAUGAAGGUCUAAAGCCUGAGCUCUCCAGACUCCUCUGGCUCCCCAGUACCACCAUUUAUUCAUCUCCCAGACUCCUGCAAAAGUCCCCAAAGGAACUUAGAGUUCUCUCCCAAACUUCUACCUUUAGUAAUCUCCCACCCAUCUCCUGCCUCUCUUAAUAUAUGAGGCUUUCAGCCUGGGGAGAAACCCCUUAUUAACUUUGUCUUUUCGGAAAUCUUGCUGCUGACCUGUGGCUGGAGAUGGGUGGACAACUGGGGAUGUUUAGAACGAGCUCAGGUCAGGUGUCUGUUCUAUGUGACCUGGUGAAGUGUCACCUGGGGAAGAGGUGACAGACUCAAUGGCCUGUGAGCUCUGCCACAGAUGUACACACACAGGACUCUUCUCUGCUCAGCCUAAGGGUAAGGGUCUACUGAGGUAGUGCUGACUCUUGAGUCCUUAAGUCUACUCUAUCCACUCAGCCUGCCUGGCAGCUGCUGCCUGCCACUGGGGCAGCAAAAGGGGGUAGGGCAGUGCCUGUGAUUUCCCAGGAAAUGAAGAAAGACAGUGGCAGUGCUGACCUGGGAGAGGCAGGAGUGGAGAGUGGUGCUGGUGACCCUGAGCCAGGGCUGUGCAGGAGGGGUUAUGCCUUGGGAUACCUGUGCAGGGUCACGGACUCUAGUCCAGAAGGAAUCAUCCAAGUUGGGGCUGGGGCUAAUAGAGCUGUGGCCCUCAGCCCUGCCCAACCCAGGACCACAAGUCCUGAGCUAGGAGGUUUAUACCUUAAUCCUUACAGAAACCCUUCAAGGUGGGUGAUAUUCCCAUUUUAUAGAUAAUGAAACAGAUCGGAGACAUUAAAUGGUUAACAGUCAGCAAGUAGAAAAGCUAGAAUUUUAAUCCAAGGUUAGACACUUUUUUUAUUUUGGAAGACUUGUGGAAAGCUACUUUGAGCUGGGGAGAAAAGAUGCAAGAUCUGGAAAGCCUAGUUAGGGAGGACUACAGGCAGUAGCUUGACGUACUUCGGGGAGUAAUCAGAGAGAGUUCCAGUUUAGCAGCCCUAAUGUGUCUGCUGACGUAAACUUAAGAGCAGAACAUUUAAGUUUGUCUGUUCCCACAGUCCAAGUAGCUUCUGUAGCUUCUACACACACCCUCCCUUUCCCAUUGCCUCAGAUUUACUAAAUCUGGUUUGUUCCUGAUGAUUUUUGGUGGUCCAGGAGAAGUUAGAGAAAGCUCUCAUUUUUAUAAUGUCAGAGUUGGAAGAGUGGGGGCAGAAUAUAAUUAUUACUUCCAUUGGCGCACUUGUGUAGGAUUUAUAAAAAUGGUUUCAAAGCACUUUUUCAUAACUGUUAUGUCUUCUCAUUCUUAUAACCCUGGGGAGCAGAUAUAUAGAGAUUAUACUCAACUAAGCAAAUAUUUAUUGAUGCCUAGGUCACUAUGAGUCAAAAUCGACUUGAUUGCACCUAACCACAAAACAACAACUAUACGUAGAGCAAUGUUAAGUCCUACAGUGAUACAGAGAUGAAGAAUAAAAUAACAUGGUCUGUACUCAUGGAGCUUAUAUUUGAAGCAAGGAGGAUAGACACGUGUCUUUUUAGCUUCAGUGUAGGAUCUUAAUAAAUGUGUUCCAAAUUAGUUCAUGACCCCUAGAGGGUAGGGUAUGGUGAGAGAUGAGGUGUGGGCAUGGAGCCUGGUUUGGGGAUCUUUUUAUAAAGGACGAAGGUGAGAAUGGUUGUUGAGCUAAGCAGUGAGCAGUCCAUGCAAGGAGCCCUGGUGGCAUAAUGGUUAAAUGCUUAGGUGCUAAUCAAAAGGUUGGUAGUUGGCAUCCACCCAGCGGCUCCGUGGGAGAAAGACCUGGUGAUCUGUUCUCGUAAAGAUUACAGCCUAGAAAACCCCAUGGGGCAGUUCUACCCUGUCACAUGGGGCCGCUGUGAAGCAAAUUGACUAGACGGCACCUACCAACAACAACGCUAGGUUAUCUCAAUCAGCUUCCUUCAAUCUGCUGGCCGGAGUUCUAUGAAUCAUCUUAGAGAUGGUUUGAUAUCCCCUCCCAGGGGACUGAUAUUGGUAGGUACCCCCAGUUCCCUGGUACAGAUAGUUUAAUUCAAUUCAUCCAGUCAAGAUAAUCCUGUAAAUUUAAGCUCCAAAUACAUAGCGGUAAUACAGGAAAAGAUGAAAUGCACCCCCGCCACACACAAAGAUAAACAUCCUUGUGGAGAGACUGCAACAGGAACACAAAGAUGAAAGCAGGAUGAAGCUGUGCAGUGCAGUGAAUUACUUAAUAUGGCUCUUCUAGCCAUAGACUUUGUGACUCCCAUGCAGUGAUUGGGUGGGACUAUGCAAAUAAGAUAUAUGAAACUGUGAUAGUUAAGGUUAUGUGUCAUCUUGGCUGGGCCAUGAUUUUCACUGGUUUGGAGUUAUAUAAUGAUAUAAUUUGGCAGUUAUGUAAUGAUGUAGCCAUCCUCCAUUUUGUGAUCUGAUAUAAUUAUCCUCCAUUUUGUGAUGUGUUAUAAAUCCUAGCCUCUAUACCUGUGGUUAUGGUCCCGUUUCACAGUGAGUUGUCCACUAUGUUAAUGAGGCAGGGUUAGGGUGGGAUGUAUUGAGCCACUGCCUUAUUAGAGGAUGUGACUCAAGUCACCACCUUUACCACCCUUAUUCAAGUCAUACUCUUACUUGAGUCACACCUUUUAUCUUACAAGAAAUAAAAGAAGAAAGAAGUCCCUCAGGCGUUGGGGAAGGGGACCCAGUACCACCAAGGAGAAGAGCUCAGAGUGGAGCAUGUCCUUUGGACCUAGGAUCCCUGUGCUGAGAACCUUCUAGAUCUGGGAGACAGAGGAAUUGUAACAUGGAAGACAGCAAGAGAUGGCAAGAAGCAGUGGCAGAGAAACGGUGGCAGCAAAGGCAGCAGGCUUGCUGACCCAUGGAACGAGGAAGCUGAGUGCCUUCUGACUGAGUCUUUCUGGCAGAGUGGGGUGGCCCCAGAUACUUGGUGGAGCUAAAGAGCUUGGUGACACUUGCCCUAGCAGGGCAGAGGCUGGGCCAAGGGACUAAGGGGCCAAGCACCAGAGAGAGGCCUACCUGAGGGCCUGGCUGAAAAGAGGCUGUACUGAUUGAAGAACUGUAUCCUGAAUCCUUCCUGAUCCUGAAUUAUAACCUAUUACUUCCCUAAUAAACCCCAUAACUUUUCAGGCUCAUGCUGUGGCAGCCCAGGAGCGCCUGACAAGUGAGGGGAAGUCUGCCAGGGAAUUACUGCUAGUUCAAGCUAACGGCAGGACAGGACAGCCUCAGGGGAGUGGGGAUGGGCAGAGGAGUGGCCGAACCUGGGCCAGCAGCACCAGAAAGGAGGCCGCAGCCCUGGCGGGGAGCCUGGCACACACUCGGCUGACCCAGACGACAGACGUUCCAAGCAGCACCCCACUGAGCAGCAGCUGUUCCCAAGCCCCAGAGGAUCCCACAGCAGGAAUGGGAGCUCUGCAACCCCCUAUACAACUGGAAUUGAGACUGUGACCUUUGAGACAAGAGGCCAGCACCUGUGAUAGGACCCAGAAGGGCAGAACCUAACGCAAGGAGGAUCUUUGUCUCUGCAGCAGAGUUUCCUGACACCUACUGAGUUUCCUGGCUUUCUUCUCUCAGGGUUGGGGCCUAGUUUCCUUCCCCUGGCAGAGGGGUUGGGCCAGAAGGGCCACAGUGGGCAACACAAUUGCCUGGAAUCCAGGCCCCUUGAAGCCCAUGUGCUCUCUGUUGUGAUUGAGGUUCUAGGACUUCCCCACUGCAGGGGACGAGGGGUCGCCUCGGUGUCUGCUCAUGAGCCACAAGGACCCCAGCUGCUCCAGACUGGACUGUUUCAAGCUGCCAAAGAGGGGGGCCCUCAUAGCUGGCAGUCAGCAACCUCAAGGGACUAGAAGGCUGGAAAGGACUGACCUUCCCCUUACCAGGGUGGUGGGCAAGGCAGAGCCUCUGUGGCCCAGCUAGUGACGGGGAGUCCUGAUGAAGCCAUAGCAGGGACCUGAGCGGCUCAGGGUAUCAAGUGGCAGAGACAGGGGAGUCACUCCUGCUGACCUUGCUUUUUCCUUACACUAAGGGAAAAGUGGUGUGGGACCUCUCCUGCUGUCCCCUGCUGCAGCACGUGCCCCUAUGCCCUUUGCACACAGCGCCAGAAUAGGUAGGCUACACCGUGGCUGGUCCCUCAGUGGACUGGAAAAGGAGUGGCCACGGUGACCCCUGCCUAACCUCCACGCUGGUGGUCCAGCCCCCAACCACUCCACACCAUGAAGUGCUCCCUGAGGUUCUGGUUCCUCUCCAUGGCCUUCCUGUUGGUGUUCAUCAUGUCACUACUCUUCACCUACUCACACCACAGCAUGACCACCCUACCCUACUUGGACUCGGGGGCCCUGGAUGGCACCCACCGGGUGAAGCUGGUGCCCGGCUAUGCUGGUCUACAGCGCCUCAGCAAGGAGGGGCUGGUGGGCAAGAGCUGUGCAUGCCGCCGCUGCAUGGGCGAUACUGGGGCCUCCAGCUGGUUUGACAGCCACUUCGACAGCAACAUCUCCCCAGUUUGGACCAGAGAGAACAUGGAUCUACCCCCGGAUGUGCAGAGGUGGUGGAUGAUGCUGCAGCCUCAGUUCAAGUCACACAACACCAAUGAGGUGCUGGAGAAGCUGUUCCAGAUAGUACCGGGCGAGAACCCCUACCGUUUCCGGGACCCCCACCAGUGUCGGCGCUGUGCGGUGGUGGGAAACUCAGGCAACCUGCGGGGCUCUGGCUAUGGGCAGGAUGUGGAUGGGCACAACUUCAUCAUGAGGAUGAAUCAGGCGCCAACUGUGGGCUUUGAGCAGGAUGUUGGCAGCCGAACCACCCACCAUUUCAUGUACCCUGAGAGUGCCAAGAACUUGCCUGCCAAUGUCAGCUUUGUGUUGGUGCCCUUCAAGGCCCUGGACCUACUGUGGAUCGCCAGCGCCCUGUCCACAGGGCAGAUCCGAUUCACCUAUGCCCCAGUGAAGUCCUUCCUUCGAGUGGAUAAAGAAAAGGUCCAGAUCUACAACCCAGCCUUCUUCAAGUACAUCCACGACCGGUGGACAGAGCACCAUGGCCGCUACCCUUCCACAGGGAUGCUGGUGCUCUUCUUCGCCCUGCAUGUGUGUGAUGAGGUGAACGUGUACGGGUUCGGGGCUGACAGCCGGGGCAACUGGCACCACUACUGGGAGAAUAACCGGUACGCGGGCGAGUUCCGCAAGACGGGCGUGCACGACGCAGACUUCGAGGCGCACAUCAUCGACAUGCUGGCCAAGGCCAGCAAGAUCGAGGUCUACCGGGGCAACUGAGCCGGCCUUGCCGCCACCCUUCCGGACCAGCCGCGAGGUGCUGCGCUCUGCGCCAGGACUGCGGGCCACCCCAGGGCGGCGGCCUGGGCCCUGCGCUGCCCCUCCAGGCAACCGGGAGCAGCCCGGGGCUGGACCAAUCAUGCUGCAGUCGAGCGGGUGCCCGCUGUCCCCGCCAAUCACGAGACUCGGGGGGCCGGCCGGGGGUGGUGCCAAUCAGCCCGCAGUCGAGUGGGGCUCGGGUUCUUUCAGUCAAUCAUGCGACUCAAGGAGAACUGCCAGCGUUGGGGCCCGUCUCCUCCAAUCAAUGGCCUUGGGAGGCGGGUCAGCGGCGGCUCUCUCCCCACUCCCUCACGCUUUUGGAUAGGUUUUUAUUUUAUGCUUUUUAAGGCAAAGUUAAGGAGCCCCGGUGGCAUAGCGGUAAAGCGCUCGGUUGCCGACCGGAAGGUCGGCGGUUCGAACCCACAGAGCUGGUCCACGGGAGAACGAUGUGGCAGUCUGUUUCCGUAAAGGUUACAGCUUUGGAAACCCUAUGGGCAGUUCUGCGAAGCCCUACAGGGUCGCUGUGAGUCGGAAUAGAAUCGACUUGAUGCAAGUGGGUCUGAGUUUUUUUUUUUUUUUUAAGAAAUUGUCCCGGCCUCGGUGAGGUACUUUUCUCAGGCUCGCUAAAAGGAGCGUGUCAGCCGCUUGCCGGUCUGACCCCAUCGGGGGUGUGGAGGAGGAGAUGGUGGGGAAGGCUCGGGGCAGGACCUCCUCAGUGGGUAUGGAAGGUGGAGAUGGUAAGGCGACUCCCCUUCCCCGCAUAAGGGGGCUUCCGCGGGGAGGCCUCCCCCGCCCGUGGCCUCAGGAUGGGGUUUGAGGUGGGGUUCGUCGACGCCUUCUGGUGGUUGAGGCGCAGCGGUCUAAGUGGUUUCCAGAAGUUCGCUUUAACGCUAGGAGGAAAGUUAGAGCCCCCCAAAUCUCCCCAGACCUCGGAGAGGAUUUCAGACUCCACGUUUUCUUUAUCAGGCCAGUUGGGCGAGUGUAAACCCACCAAAGAAAUGCAAUCACCGUGAAAAUAUAGAGGGCACGUGGGUCCCCUCGUCCUUUCUCCCCCCUCCCAGCCUUUGGCCACCCUAUGGUUUGGCCUUUCUGACCAGGGCAUUUAGUGUCUCACCAGAAAAAUUAGACAAUUUUAUUCACCCCGUGCUUGGGGCAGAGUUCGCUUAGGGCAUAACUCUGGAAUAUAGGUGUAAGGAACAGUGCAGGGGACAAGGAAGCCUGUCACAUCAAAUUAGGUGCUUCUCACUGAAGUGUAUGCUCAGCCCCUACUACUCACCCCCGUCUUUUUUAGUGUUUCUCCUUAGGCUCUGGGCCUCCUCACUAGCCUACUUGUUAAUCUGAAAAUAAUCAGAAAACUUGCCCUGGGAUUAAGCCCCAGCUGCUUCUUUCAGAACCCACCCCCCCCCCCCCACACACACACAGGAAGAACAACAGGUUGAACGGAAGGCUGGAGAUGGGGUGCCUAGCUGUCUGGUGUAUGUACCUUCCUCCUUCACCCAUUGCCCCAAAGAGCAGUAGGAAACCUUUUGCUUAGGGGUGGAACUUGCUUUGGGCACAUAGUUUAGUUAACCUGAAGUUGCCAGGUCUGGCUAACCAACAAAGAUUCUUUUUAAAUUCUAAGCUGGCCAUGCAAAUAGCCAGGGGCCUAGCUGGGAGGAAUAGACUUGCCCCCCUGCAUGCUUCUUCCCCCAACACCUCAUGGUCCCCUGGCCCAUGCUGUCCUGCCUUCUCUGCCCACUUUCCAUUUCCAGCUCUAGGAGGACUGGGAAGCUAACAAUCAGGGGUUACAACUGGAAGCUGUUUGCAUGACUGAACCCAGCUUAAGUCCCAAGAGGAAGCUGCUGGAUACUAUUGUAACCCUUCAAGGUUGGGGAAGUUUGGGGGGGGGAAGGGCUUCUGUGAAGUUUCCAAACCACUAAAAAGACUCCCCCUCCCGAUAGUGACUGACACAGAUCCCACCCUUUUUCUUAGUGAGUUGACAUCACCAGGCAGCCUCCUGGCCAUUGGUGUAGUUCCUGCAGCUGGCUGGGGGAAUGGUAAUCAGCAGGGGAGUUUACUGGAUGGAGGAGGGUUGGGGUGGGGCAGUGGGCACACCUAAGUUAAUAUAUUGAGAUCUUUGCUUGAGUCUGUUUCUUCCUAAUUCCCGAAGUGGGAGGAGUAAAGAAUGGGGAUGGGUUUGGGAGGCCAUUAGUGGAAUGUCUCUCUCAGGACUCCCCACAAUGUUAGAGUCAAGGCACCAGCCAUUCUUGCCAGUCGCGUCUCAGUGCUUCCAGAAGAGGCUAUUUUGAAUGUUUAGAAAAUGAAAAACAAUGCAAUUAUGCCAAACAGUAUUGAGCAGAAUAAUUUAUUCCUUUUUUGUUCCUUUAUCUUUUUGUUUAAACUAUUAUUAAAUCCUUGUUCUGGAAGAGGUAGGUCCCAGCAUUCAGCCCAGAUUUCCUUUUCAGCAAUAGUUAUUUAAACAAAUAUUUUUUAUUUUCUUUUCUUUCUCUUUCUGAAUUAAAACAACAACAACAACAACAAAAUGAUAUAGUCAGUUUUCUGUUCUGAAAUGCAUUGAAUCAUGGAAAGGUAUAUCUGAGAAUGGGCAGAUGUGACUGAGUAAUGGCUAAGAAUGUUCCGAGGUCGGAGUGGGGAAGGUUAGUGGGGUUGGGAAAUUACUCUAGACACCCUUCCCUUAAGGAGCCUAGUUCCAUUGAACCUGUGCUCUGAAGUUCCUAAGACAUUUAAAUCUGAGGGUCUGUGACUCUUCAUAAAAAUCAACUCAUUGUCUCCUCUGUAGUUGUCUCCAGAAGAGGAAUUAAUUGGAAAGAGUUCCUGGCAGCAGCUUUUCACAGUGGCUGUCCUGUAGCCAUUUGACUGGCACCUCUCCAUAAAUGCUUUAUUACCAAGGUCUCCAUCAGCGUCUCUGCUGCAUUUGGGCAUGUCACAACAUUAGUCAAACUGAGAAUUUGUGCCACAAGCUUGGCCACCCAGACCUCUCUGGGGGGUGAGCUUAGGAGAGGUUUUCUGCAUUUUUGCAUGGCCCCUGCUGUUUCUCCAUGCCUCACUCCUCCCAUGCCACAAAGGAAACCAACAUCUUAACUAGGCAGAAGGCAAGAACCUUCUUGGGCAGAGCUACUGCUAGCAGAUGGGGUUUCACCCUUGGCCAUCUUUGCCCGUGUUUGUACCUGAGCAUUGAGAACCCAGGUGGCAGGGUAGUGUGCAGCACAACCUGGACCUGCUGCAGAAUGUUGUCCAGGGUGCAACCCAAAGCUGGUGGCCUUACCGGGUUACUCUAACUGGUUGGAGCAGCAUACUCAAAUGCUGUACAUGUUGCCCCCAGAAUCCACAGGGUCUCACCAAGCAUUGCGUUGUUUCUUCAUGGUGGCCAGGGACUGUGUUGCUUUGAUCCACUGAAGAUACCACAUCUGGAGCUGUAAGUUGGCAUGAGCACUUGAUUAAGUUUGCAUUAAUCUAUUGUCAUUCUCCAUGAGACCCAUGUGGCUUUGACAUCAAUCAAAUAGGUGAGUAAAUAGGAUGAGGUAGGAAUUACCUGCCCUUGCAUAACUCAGGUUUUGAUGGUGGCACCUAUCUCUGCAAGUCCUACAGAGAUGUGUUAUUGACUUUGGACUUAAUGUCUUGGAGAUGAGGCGGAGGGCAGUUCUAGGGGCUCCUGUUUGGCCUGUUCAAUCAUAAUAAUCCUGACUCUACAGGUCAGGUUGCCAGUAUGGGGAUUUUGCCAGAUAGUAAAUAGACCGCUUUCCUUCUGGGACUGAGGAAAUUACCCAAUAUCAGCCUGUGGUCUCACUGGAUCCACUUUUAAAUAGACUUGGGCCAAGGCUCCAUCUGUCAUUUGCCCUACAUAAACUCCUACCCUAACUGGUGGACAACAAUGGCAUUUCAGGUCUCAGGGGCAGUAGCUAAAAAUCAGGAAUGUCUGGGUGUUUCCCUUUCCCAACUGCACUGUCACUUCAGUGAAUAGAUGCAGACUUCUCUGGAAAGCCUUCAUGCUGUGCACCUGAGCACAGCAAAUGACUGUUCCUCAAAGAACCCUUGACAAAGGGACUCCAGGUCUGGGAGCUGGCUUAGGUCUGGGAAAUGGGUAAGAAGCUGCAAAUUCCCUUCUCUACUCACGUUAGGUUUCUUUUCAGCACACCUAGAAUUUUACCUCUCAGACACGUGAAGCAGUACCAUAGCAGGCUGCCCACCACCUACUUCAUUUCUAAGCACCCCUAUGAUCAGUAAGCUAUUGCUCCAAAUCCCUGUAAGCCAAAACUCUGCCACACUGAAGCUUGUUAUGGUAAACGUGCCUACCUUAUCCGGGACAGUUGUCUUCCUGGCCUUUACUGUGCUGCGAUCCCAUUAUUCUCAGUGAGGUCAAGGAACCAAUUCUGGGCAGCACCUCCCACUGUUACUCCCACUUACAGAGGACAGCCACCAUAGAGCUCUUCAGUGAUAUUGGUGUCCCUGUCACGAAUACAUUCUUUAAAAUUAAUUUUUAAAAGCUUUUUUAUUGUGGAGUAUAAUACAUGUACAGAAAAAGCAUAAAAAUAAAUGUGCAAAAAUAUAGAGCUUAAUGAAUUAUUUUAAUAUGAAAACACCCACAGAACCACCAGCAGUUUGUGUGUGCAUCCCAGAAGCCUCCCACUGCCCCAUCCCCCUUGCCAAGCACAAGCCCCUCUCACCUUCCAGGUAACCACUGUCCUGACAGUCCAUGGUAAUUACUUCCUCAGUUUUCUGUAUACUUUCAUCAUCUGAACACAUGGACAAUAGGAACGUGUUUAUGUAUUCAUCCCUAAACACUAUGGUUUUGUUCUUCACUCUUGAGCUUUUUGUAAGUGGAAUCAUACAGUAUGUGUUUUGUGCGUGUGCAUUUUUUGACUGUAUGUGGCUUGGUUUCACUAUAUUUGUGAGAUCCACCCAUGUUGUUGUAUGUAGCUGUAAUUAUUGUUUUCAUUUUCGUUGUUGUAUAGGAUAUUAUCACAGGACUAUCUAUUGGAAUGAAGAUGGCUAUUCUGAAUACUGCUGCUACGAACAUUGUACACAUCUCCUGGUGCACUUGUGCCUCUCUGAUGGUUAUAAAGGCAACAGUAUAUGUUAUCCUGUUGAAUGCAAUCGUUAGUUCAUAGACCACAUGUGUCUUCAACUUGCUUUCCAAAGUGGUUAUACCAAUUGAUACUCUUCAAGAAGUUCCAGUUGUUCCACAUCCUUGCCAACAUGUGGUAUUGUAAAUCUUGCAGGUUUUAGCCAUUCUGCGGGCUAUGUAAUGAUAUAUCAUUUUGGUUUCGAUCUGCACUGAUGAUCAAGGUAGUUAAACACCUAUCACAUGACUAUCGGCCAUUUGGAUAUCUUUUGUGAAGUGCCUGUUCAGGCCUUUUGCCUAUUUUUCUACUAGGUUGCUUCUCUUUUUCUUAAUGAUUUAUAGAAGUUUUAAAAAUAUAUUAUGGGUAAGAGCCCUUUGUCAGUUAUAUGUGUUGCAAUUAUUUUCUCCCGCUCCGUGACUUUUUCAUUGUCUUAAUGGUGGCUUUUGAUAACCAGCAAUUCUUAAUUUGAAUAUAGCUCAAUUUAUCAACUGUUUGCCAUGAUUCAAGUGUCCGUGUAUGUGUCUGGGUCUGUGUCUGGGCUGCUUUGUUUCAGUGGUGUGUGUGCCCCGAUAUUACAGGGAAUUAUUUAUUCUCAUUUUAUAAUUGUUCUCCCACCUUAUUGUUCUUCUAUAUGGAUUUUAGAAUGAGCCUGUUGAUUCCCCCUGCACAUCAAUAAUGAUGGUGUUUGUAUACAUGGAGGUGGUUACCAACAUCGGGAUCAGCACUCGGUGGCUGGACAGGGAACAGCCAUUGCAUGGGGCGGAGGGAGUCGUGUUAGGAUAAGCUGUAGGUUAGGUUGCACUAAGAAAAAGCCUCAAAAUCCCAAUGGGUUAAACAACAAAGUGUAUUUCUCACUCAAGCCACACGUCCAUCCCAGGGCUCUGCUCAUCGUGGUCAUGCAGGGGCCCAAGCUAACAUGUGAAUCUGUGGUCUCAGGGCCAGAGGAAAGAGAACCUGAUAAACCACACACUGGCUCUUAAAGCUUCUGUAGCUUCUGUCGAGGCUUUCAUUUCCUUGAUGCUAAACAAGUUGCAUAGCCACGGCUCAGUAUGGCCAGGAAGUUUAAGCCUCUUUCAGGAGGGGCACCACAUCAAGGUGAACAGUAAUGCCUUCUACAGCACAGAGGGCUCUUUUGGGGAGAAACCCUUGGAUUUAUGGCCUGGGAGGGAUGCUCACCUGGUUGGCUUGCUGGCUUCCUGCCAAGGGUAGCAAUUACUUUACCUGUGAACAGCUGCAGGCAAGGAACUGCUUUUUGUGACAAAUUUGGCAGUUGUAAGAAAGCAUCACUUCUUGCUAGGUGAGGGGAAGGGCAGAAUCCCAAAACUAUACAAAAUUUCUAUAUAACUGUAUUAAAAAAUCAGAUUAUUGCUGAGUAUGAAUUAGAAAUCAACGCUCCUUCUCACUACCCUUCCUGAAAAUCACAGCUUCUACAGCAAGUCUCUGCCUAGGUAACAAUCAACCCGAAGAUGCAAGAGGAUCCCCCACCCCAUGAUGCCUGCUGAACCAUGGGUGUGUAGGAAGCAGCCUAGUCCUCUGAGAACACAGAAUUAACACCUUCCAUCCAACAACUGUUUUUGCUCCUGAGAAUACAGGCUUUUUUUUUUUUACAGUGUGGUUUCUCCAGGGAGAAAUCUUGGUUAAGUAGAAAAGGCAUAUGGCAUCUGCACUCAGCGGGAUAUUUCUCUUUUUAUAUAGACUUCAGAGCAGUUUUAGGCUUACAGAAAAAUUGUGCAGAAAGUAACAACUGGUUAGUUCAGUGCCCUCCAACCGAGCCUCAACUGGUUGGGCCCAUUCAUAUGUUCAUUCUGUAAUCAGAACUUCAAACAGAGGCCGCGGCUGUUCCCUCCCUGUCCUAUUUCACGGAAGGAUCCAUCUGCUCGGCCCCACUCAGGCCCCCCUCAUUUCUAACCCGCUGGUUCUGGCUCUCUCGGGUUCAGUAACUCACUAAAAUGACUCAGAGAUGGAAAAUGCUACACUUAAUUUCAGCAAAAAAAAAAAAAAGUAUACACACACAAAAUGAAGACACACACAGGACAGGACUAGGAGGGUCCUAAGCUCUGACAUGGAGUUUGUCCCAAAAAUGGACGCAUUUACCCUCCCACGUGUCUUUCACUAACCAGGAAGCCCAUGGAGCUUCCAUACCCAGAGUCUUCGUUGGGCACGUUACAUAGUCGUGGUUGAUUGAAUCAUGCCCUUCUACCCUGAGUUCAGUUGAAAUCAGGAGGUAGUCUUUCUGGCCUGGCCAGCCCGACCAGAGUCACCUCAUUUAGUCUGUCAGGUCUCUUCUGGAGCCCUAUAUAGAUAAAAAAUAUAAAGGCAUCUCAAUUACUCAGAAAAUUCCAAGGGUUGAGAGUUAUCUCCCAGGAACCAAGGACAAAGACCAAAUUAAGUUACAUUCUUUACUCUGUUACCUUUACGUACCUUUACUCACCGAUCUAAACAUCCUGUAGCUAAUCCUUGUUUCUGGACUGGAGACCAAAAGCUUUUGUCUCCUGCCCUACUCUCCGCUUUGCAUUUUUGCUCCGUUACUAGUCCAUGGAAAUUUCUUAUUUUCUGUUUUAACAUUUUAUGUGUCACUGUUGUGUGUUUGGAUCAGAGCAGGUGUCAAGCAUGUGUCCUCUGAACUGGAAUGCCCAUACUUUGGCUGCCUUUGUCUCUCCCUUUCCCCCCAGCUCCCUCCUUGACAUGUCCUACCUGGCCUGUCUCCCUUUAUGUCAUCCACCUCACAUUGCUUCCCAGUCCCCCUCAUUUCACCUUGUCCCCUGCCCAUGACUUUCCAUAACUGCACCCUCAGCCCCCACCUUCCUUCUGUCUUCCACCCUCAGCUGUGGCUUGCAUCUGCCCCUCACAUGUACCUGCAGUCACUCUCUUAUACCUAACUCAGCCACCCAAGCUCACUUUACGCACAGAACCCUCCGUGUCUUUCAUUCACAGGCACGCAAUCCCCAUGAGGAGUUGUGAUGACUCAGCUUUGUGCUCACCCUCACAGGUAACGUUAGUUGCUCACAGCUGAACAGGCAGGGCUGAACAACAACAUUUUAAGACCUAUAAGAAUUAGCAAAUUUACUGUCCAAGAAUUGCCUCUAUAACAGAGAACUCCUGAGGGAGCAGGAGAACAGUGGGAUGCAGACCCCAAAUUCUCAUAAAAAGACCAGACCUAAUGGUCUGACUGAGGCUAGAAGAAUCCCGGUGGUCAUGGUCCCCAAACCUUCUGUUGGCCCAGGACAGGAACCAUUCCCGAAGACUACUCAUCAGACAUGGAAGGGACUGGACAAUGGGUUGGAGAGAGACGCUGAUGAAGAGUGAGCUACUUGUAUCAGGUGAACACUUGAGACUGUAUUGGCAUCUCCUGUCUGGAGGGGAGAUGGGAGGGUAGAGGGGGUUAGAAACUGGCAAAACGGUCAGGAAAGGAGAGACUGGAAGAAGGGAGCGGGCUGACUCAUUGGGGGAGAGUAAGUGGGAGUAUGUAGUAAGGCGUAUAUAAGCUUAUAUGUGACAGACUGACUUGAUUUGUAACUUUCACCUAAAGCACAAUAAAAAUUAUUUUUUUUAAAAAAGAAUUGCCUCUAUAGAGAAACACGAGGAAAUUUUUUAUAAUGCUGGAAUGAGGACAGCUUUUCUAACCAUGAUGUGAAAUUGAUUUCUUUAAAAUCAAAAUGAAAUCUGACAUCAUUAAAUUAACAUUAAAAAACUGGGUUUGUAAAAACAAACUAGGAAAAUAUCCACCACUCAUGACAAAGUCAAGUCUUCCUAAUACACAAAGAUGGCUAAAAGUCAUUAAGGAUUGACAAUCCAAUAGUAAAACGGUGAGACAAGAACGGGUAAUUCCCCAGAAGAGAAAUACAAAUAUCCAGUGAACUGAGAAUGUGCCAAACCUCACUAAAUAAAAAACAAAAAAGCAAUGAUUUUUUUUUUUUUUUACCACUCAAACUGGCAAAGUUUUAAAAAUUGAUGAGUUUUGGCAAACAGGUGAGGUAAGAGGUAUUUUUAUAUAUCACUGCCAUCAUAAAUUGGUAAAAACUUUUUGGCAGGUGAAAUUGCCAGUGCAUCAUAUCUUAAAUGUCCCCAUUCUUUGACCCAACAAUUCUACUUCUAGGAAUGUAUAUAUCCCGGAGCGAUUCACAUGAGUGCCCAAAGUAAGUAAGAGGACGGUAAUACCAACAUGCUGAAAAUAACCCAGAUGCCUGUCACUAGAGGCUGGGACAUCUACACACCAGAGUGAGGUGGACACUGGUGCGCAGACAGAGCAACAAGGUCUACUGAUGAGUGAAAAAGCAGGCUGUACAAUACCAUGAAUAGAAUGUUCAUAUUUUUGUAAAACAGUGGACUGAUAUAUGCAAAUAGAAAGCACAAAGCUGCUAACAAGGAUGGGAGAUGCAGGGAUAGAAAGCGUUUUCACUUCAUAUAUUUUUAAAUGAACAUUAGUCUAAUAAACAAAAAUAAAAUCAUCAUUAGUACUGCAUUUCAUGAUUCUUCAAUCUCAGCAUAAUCAGUGAUGCAUACAGCUGUAACCUACCAGUCCUUAUCGAUAUAACCUAUGAAUUAAAGCCGCCAACAAAGUCCACUAUUCAGGAUGAACAUCGUCAUCAGAGCUUACAGUUGGUCACAACUUCCUCCCCAAGCCCGGCUGCUCAGCUACAGGAAUACUGUGCCAUCUGAUGGUUAAGAAUCCACUAGCUAGGCCCAGCAGGUGCCCAGAAAAUCACUGGCGACCCCAUCUGCCGUGACUGACCGCUAGGAGCCUCAGCACAGACUCAGGAAGAUGGAGAACAAAGGCCCAGAUCUUUGAAGGGCUCAUCUACCCACGCCAAGAAGACUUCUGUGAUGAGCUCAGACUCGGUGGCUUCUGUGUUUCUUCCCAAGUCAGGUUUACAAAGAUAGCCAGUGCACACCCAGGGAGAGACAGGAAUAUCUUCUGCCACAGAGAAGAGGUAGAGGGAACCAGAAGGAAAGUUUCUAGAUUUUAGAAGAAAUAAGAUGAGUGCCAGGGCAGGAGAAGCAUUCGUGUGGCAUUCCAGUAAAGGCACAGGGGAGGGGACAGCUCACAGCCUCCUUACUGCACACCCCUCAUGCUCCAGACAGGGUGGUGAGGCUGACGCUGUGCUUGGGGCCCCCUCGAGUCUAUUCUUCAGGGGCUGGAGGCGGGUGCAAGCAACCCCAGUUAGAAGGCAAGCAGGGAACCCUGGGGCUGGAGGUCACCAACAGCAACCAAGUUACUAUAAAGUGGGAAAACACUGGCUUAGGAAAGGGGGAAAAGGACUAAACUCUUCUACAAUGCAAAAAUUCUCCGCCUCCUCCCUGUAAUUUGCACAAAUUUUUGUCAAGUCCAAAUGUAAUUUAAAAUGAGGUAGGUAGUUUUCACUAUUCGCGCCUUCAUCUCUGUGGUGGCUGUGGUCCUACGCUGUGAAAGCACUCAUCUCCUGAGCAGGGGAGUCCAAGGGUGGGCACCAUUCCAGGUGGAGCUUCUCAGUUGGUGAUUUUCUCAAUCUCGUCUAAAUCAUCUGUGUCCAAUCUUUCUAUCUUCUUAUCUGGGAAAAAAAAUGCAAAGAGAAAUCAACAUGUGGAGACAUGGCUAAAGUCACCUGGGGCAGGGAGAGGACAGACACAGGUCUCUGCAUGCCUCCAGCUACAGCAAUCCUUCAUUUCACCCCACAGGCUUGCAGGGCACAAACAGGAGUCGGCAGGGUGCUGGUCGCUGCUACAGCAACAGAGUCCCAGCCCCAUCAGCCCGGCCAAGAAGGCACUGUCAGUUGAGCCCCGGGGCCUCCAUGUGUGGUCUUUGAGAAUGUUCCUAUCUUAGGAAAGGAGGAGAAUGUGGUCGGGAACAAAGGCCUCUCUUGGGGUCGCAGGAAAACCCCCCCUUUUCCCCACCCCCAUGGCUGGCAAAGGGCACCUGGCAGAGGACACGCCAGGGACUCACUAAAAUGCUCCUGGAUCCUGUUCAGGAUGUUCAUGCUGUGCUUGCUGUCUACCAUGUUCACGGCCAGGCCCCUCUUGCCAAAGCGGCCAGUGCGCCCGAUCCGGUGCAGGUAGGUCUCGUUGUCCGGGUUCCCAUCCUUGUCCACGGGAAGGUCAAAGUUGAUGACGACAGACACUUGUUCCACAUCAAUACCUGUAUGAAGCAGAGUUGGCGAUAGAGUAAGACUAGGGACACAAGACAAAAUCACUGUCGCCCAAAGUUAGGCUGAGAUCCACCAACGUUGGGGGAGGGAAGAGUCUGGGGUGGGUCAGCUCUGGGACCUGGGGACCCGGUAGCAUAGAGGCAUGUAGCACAACCCAGAGGAACAGGCCAGGACUUUGGCAAGUGCUAACAACAUUAUGAAACCAGUAAGACAGCUUUGCUGAUACAGGUAUCUGGAGAUGCAGCUAAAACCUUACCGGGUACCCUGAGGAGAGCAGGCUCCGUCCUCAGCCAGUCAGAUGGCUCUACCUUUGCUCCCACCGAGCCAGGACUCCUGGCUCUUGUGAAAGUUCCUAACUGCUGAGGGAAAUCCAAACAGUUUCUCCCAGAAAAUAAUGUCACCACCAACCUGCUCCUCCCCGCUGUCCCCCCAGACCAUCUGAGUUUCCCAUAAACAAGGAUUUCUCUCUCUAAGGGGGCCUGGGAACCCAAGCCUGGCAGACCAGGACCUAUUAUUGCUCACCACGGGCACACACAUUGGUGGUCACCAGAACCUUCUCUUUGCCUUCUCUGAAGCGCUCAAUUACUGCAGCUCUCUGCUCCACCAUCAUUUCACCACUCAGCAGAGCCACCUGGUGGCCUUCUUUUGAGAGCUCUGCUGCCAGCCAACUAGCUGUCUUGCGUGUCUGGAGAGAAGAAAACAUUUUGAGAACUGAAGGUACCCGAAGAGACUAGUUUUCAUCUGGAAGACUCUACCUGAAACUUAGCAGCUAAGGGUUAAAUUUCCUAAAAGUGCCAAAUUCUUGAGAUGUUUCAAAAGUCACUCAAGUUACAUCAAGAAAUGGAAAUGUAAGAUAAUACAAAACUAAAAAAAACCAAACCCAGUGCUGUCCAGUCGAUUCUGACUCAUAGAGACCCUAGAAGACAGAGCAGAACUGCCCCAUAGAGUCUCCAAGGAGCGCCUGGCAGAUCUGAACUGCUGACCCUAUGGUUAACAGCCACAGCUCUUAACCACUACACCACAGGGUUUCUAAGAUAAUACGUAUAUGCAAAUAUAUACAUAAAUCUUAUUUAAUUACUAUUUUAAAACAACUUUAUAACCCUACUGAUUCCUUGUUAACAUACACACAGAAAGGCACCUUUACAAUGGAAUUAUCUGGCAGAGCCCAUGGUAACCCAGUGAGCAUACUUAACACCAAUAAUGAAAACGCCUGGUAUGGUCCGAUGGGAAGUAACAAUGUCACCUGGGUAGCAACCUUACAAAGAUAUUUACCCUAAAUAUAAUCAUGAGGGGGAAAAAAAAAUUCAGAGAAAUCCUGAAACACUAUUAGCCUAAACUUUUGAAGAUGUCCAUGUCAAGAAACGAAUAAAAAAAAAAAAAAAGGGAAGAGACUGUUGCUCUUCCCCCA